AAUGCUCUCUCCAGUAAACUUAGCCUCGUAACAUUACCACAGGCUUGAGCUGGACCUUGAACUGUGGAGUGGUGCGUGCAGAGGCGUGCUAGAAUGAGUAAUUUCUGAUUGCCCAAAGAGGAUGGAAGUUAGCACUAAGAUUACUUGUUAAAAAAGGAAUUAGUGCUGCUGGUUCAGACAGCUCUUAGAGAAAGAGCCUAUACUUAAGCAGUGUGUUAAAGAUGCUCUGGCAACUUUGAUUCUGAGUUGGGGGCUGGAAGAUGAAUAUGUGAGGAGUAUGCAGUUCUGUGUUUGGUCUGAAUCUGUGCCAUACCACUGAUGGGAUCAAUUUUACAAAAAAAAAAAAUCUUGAAGAAAACUGUGUAACAGAGCUGGUAUUUUGCGUUAGGCGAUAUGUAAACGCUUACCACACAAGAACAUAUGCAGUCAAACUAUAGAUGUUUAGACAUUGAAGUUGGCUCCCCUGAAAUUAAAAUCACUCAAACAGGCAAAGGCAUGGAGGUUCCCUUUAGUGCUAUGCACCUCCCAUUGUUUGCAGAGGACCAAAAUGGAAAUGACAUUACUUGUCCUAGUGACACUUCAUCUAAUUCUCCAAGGGAUAGCAGCAGUCAUGGGAAGACAAACAGCCCUGUUGAUGCAGAGAUGACCAAGGACUGUGUCGGUGAACUGAUUUCAACUACAAGUAUAAUUCAAAAAGUGGAUCCACAAACAAACUUGGCCACCGUCAGCUAUAUGAAAACUGUAGAUGACAACUGUAACCCGAAUCUAUCUUUUAUGAUCUCUGGCUUGCAAAAUGAAAAUAUAGAUUCUAAAAGUACCAUACCAGAUGUCCAUGGUCUCCUUGUAAAGAAAUGUGACCGUGUUUCAAAAAUGUGCUCCAACACUGAUGCACAAAAGUCCUUUGUUGUAGGAUUUGUUACUCCAUCACCCCCUCGCUCCAGUGAGAACCACAGCUCUGUGAGCUCUAGUGAGAUGCUAAUUAGGGACAAUAACAGUUUUAUUACUCAGGAGUCUGAUCAACCACUCAGUGCCUCAGUCUUGGAGGAAUCUUUGGAUACGCCUUCUGAUAUUGGUGUGAUGCCUGGUUUGCUGCCUGAUGUCUGUGAGGGUCUUAUGCAUGGCACGGUUAGUGCUCCAGGACAAAACAGCAAACCUACAGACUUUGGAGUCACUUUCAUCCAGCCAAGCAAUCAGACAUUUACAAUGGAAGAGGAUGUCUUUCAAACAGUUCCUCAUAAUGGACCUGGUCAAAGCAAAGCUUCACAUUUGUUUGUAGCAGUUAAUAAUUCGGAAUGUGUUACACCAGUUAAUCUGAAAAAAAAUCAUAUUGAAGCUGCAAGAUCCACUCCCUCCACAUCAGCUGAAGGAAAGACAUUUCAAAUUCCAAUCUCUGAGGAACUAGACAUUAGUGGUAAUGCUCAGACCUCUACUCCUGUUCAGGCUAUAAACUGUAAAACAUUUUGCCUUUCAGACUCCUCUCUUAACAAAAGUAAAAGUGAAUUCGGGAGUCCAUUGGCCCAAGUCGUAAAAGAACAGCAAAGUUCUGUCUCUCAGAAGCCUAAAACUUCUUUGGCUGCAUCCACUAAAAGUAAUAAGUUAGAAACUAAGACAUAUGUGAAGCCUGACUUCAGUAAUGUAAAAUCUAAAGUAAUGUCUAGACCCACAAGUGCCUUAAAGCCAUCAAGCGCAACUGUUGUCAAUGCUUCCUCCAAUCUAGGACAGCACAAAAACCAGACUCGACAUUCCCUUUCCAAGCAAAGCACAGCAUCUCCUAAUAAAAAUAUCUCUGCAAGUUCUUCCAGCUCCACUGUCACAUGUGGUGGGCUUAAGAGGAAUCAGAACAAUGUGAUAAAGAGAACUCUCUCAUCCACUCAAGACACUGCACCUGCUCCAAAGUUCCGGCCUCGGACGUUGUCUGAGGCUUCCAGCUCAUCAAAAACGAAAGAAGACACAAAGGCAGAGGAUAAACGGGUCGGGAGGAUCGUAAGCUCAUCUGUACGAGGUUUUUUGAGUCAAGCUGCCAAAUUGGGACACAGACAUUCUUCUUCUAAAGAAGAAAAAUGUCUCGGGAAACCUCAGAAAAACAGUGCAAAAGCAGACUCGUCCCAGCCAGUAGGAGCCUCACUGUGUGAUUGGCGUAAAAGCAGUCUUGGCUCUCAGCCAUUGUCAUCCAGGGCAGGAGGUUCUUCGCCAGCGCGGACUCCAGCUGCAAGCCUUCGGCCACCGCCUCUAUCUGCAUCAAAGCUUAAGUCUGGCACGGCACAGAAAAAUGGCUGCACCACCACUGACAUGCCUUCUUCAAGAAACAAACUGAGCACAUCUGGAGGUAAUCCAAGCAUGCGAGUUACCGAAGGUACGGGAACUGAUGGGGGAGUGGGAACCAUCUCCAAGUUUUCUCUUCCUACUGGCCACCAACAUUCAUCAGCCUCAAAAUUGCCAGUAAAGACAAGGACCCAACUCAAAAGCUCAGGUGGACACACAAAGCGUGAGUUGGAGUCACCUUUAGGAGCUUUGGGAAAACCUACUACUAACAAGACGACAUCAUUAAGAACCAGGCUUCAAAGUAUAUCACCUAAAGUUCCAUCUUUUGGAAACAAGAAAAUCUCAUCAUCUCAGUCUCUCACAUCUGCGAGGUCUGCAGUGAAUGUGUUAAAACCCCCUGCUUCACCACGAUCUCAAUUUAGUGCAACUUUUUCAGUUGACAAAAGCAAGGCAAAGGGGAGCUCACAAAGUCACCAACAGGCCAGUGCCAACAGUCACCCAGACCUGGUGCCACCAGAGACCAAGCCACGGGGAUUGGAGUACUACAAGGCUCUGUGUGAGAAAAAGAACCAAACCAUCCAGCAGCUGAAGAACAGCUUGUUUGCCAGCAACCGCAGAUUUGAGGCCAUUGCUGUUGUUUUACAAACCCUUUACAAACAGCAUGAAGCAUCAGUGAAACGACAUCAGGAGUGUUCCUUGGAACUGCUCAACCUGCGUGAAGAACUCGUGAGCUCAGUGCAGUCAUGCGAGCGUCUGGAAAAGGAGAAGGAGGAGCUGCAUGUGGCCUUGGAUGGGGUGCUGCAGAAAGUGCAGGAGCAGCACCGCUUAGACCUGGCUGACCUGGAGGAGCGCCUGAAAACGUUCUACUCAAAUGAGUUGGAGAAAAUCCAACAGUCCUAUCAAGAAGAGGCAGAGAAGUACAAAGCCCUGACAGAGCAACAGCUGGAGGAAUUUAAAGCCAAACAUGAGGCUCUGCAGAAAGAACUGGAGAAAAGUCACGAAAAGAAGGUUGAGGGCCUUAAACAGCACUAUGAAGAAUCUUUUGAAGAACUCCGAAAAUCUCAUGAGCAGGAGAUGCAAGCUCUGGAAAAAAUGCAAAAGGACACAGAAACAACAUUAUCUAAUCAAAUAGAGGAGCUCACCACGGCAAACACCUACUUCAAUGAAAGGCUGAAAGCAGAGGAGGACAGGAGAAAGGAACUGGCUGAGAAAUGUCAGAAGGACUCUCACACCCUCUAUCUGGAACAAGAGCUAGAAAGUCUGAAAGUGGUGCUGGAUAUUAAGAACAAGCAGAUCCACCAACAAGACAAGAAACUGAUGCAAAUGGACAAAUUGAUGGAGAAAAACGUGACGCUUGAUGAAUGUCUUAAAAAAGUACAGCAAGAAAAUGAAGAUCUAAAAGCCAGGAUGGACAAACACGCUGCUUUGUCAAGGCAACUGUCCACAGAGCAGGCAGUUCUACAAGAAUCACUUCAGAAGGAGACAAAAGUAAACAAGCGUCUGUCAAUGGAAAACGAGGAGCUGCUGUGGAAACUACAAAACGGAGACCUAAGCAGUCCCCGCAAGUCACCCUCCUCGACCUCCAUGACUCUGCAGUCACCUCGACACUCGGGCCUUUUCUCCAGCCCUCCAGUUUCCCCCAGAUAACACUGGUCAUCAGCUUCCAGGAAGCAGUUUUUCACUUUGCCAGGGACAGAGUUCUAGUCUACACUGAAGGCUAUAUUAGCUGUUUGGGUCCAUAUCCUGUCACCUGAAGGACAUUGGAUCUACUCUCAGGUGAACCUUGUACAGUUAAAAGACUAUUAAGACUGAUUAAAGGAUUGCACAGAAGCACUUGAUCAAUAAGGCUACCUUUUUGUACUUUGCCUUUCACGUCUGAUUUUGGAAGAAAAAAAUCUCAGGUCUUGUAUAUAAAUUCUCCUCAUCCUUUGCUUACUAGACAUUUAAAAUCCUUCUUCUUUUUUUUUAAUAGUUGUCCUUCAUUAUCUGGAAAGACAUAUUACAGUGUUUAAAUGGAAUGGCAAAAUGCUUUCAUUUAUGUCUUUAGUUUCUAUGCACAUGUCAAAAUAACUGACAGCAUUUAAAAAGCUUGACCACUAGCAGACCUUAAUAAGUAUGUGUUAUACCAUCACUCCAAAAACAAAUUUCUAGGAUUAUGCCCAUGAAUUUUUUUCCAGAUGCUACUUCACAGUGUAAAGGUAUACAGUUAAUAUUCCCAUUACAUUUUUUUUACCCAUCCACCUGGCCAGAAUUUAAAUAGCAAGGAAGGUAUCUUAUAUUAGAAAAAGGAAGAUUUAAAUAUAAACUCAUUUUAUGCUAUUUUACAUACAUGAGUGAAUAAAACCAAAUGCUUAGACAGAUAUUCCUAUGUAGUAACCCUAAAUCACUUUAAAAAUGCUUAAGGGAUGCAGAUGUGUUCUUUGUAUUUUGAUUCAGUAUUUGAACCUUAUAUAUUAUAACUAUAUUUCAGUCCCAUAACCUGAAGACUGAUGAACUGUGUAAAGAAUCAGGGAGUCCAAUGACCUAUUGCUUUUAGGAAUGGAAAUAUUCUGUCAGUGUAGGUUUUUAAAUAUGAAUACGGGUUUAGGAGUGUUCACUACUGUUGACCCCUGAUGAGAUCCUGGUGUACUUUUUGUUUGUCCUCUUGCUUACCAAUUCUUCGACCAUGGGACCAACCUCUAUGACUGCAUGUUCAAGUGGCCUCAAGAGCAACCCCCAGUGUUGAAACUCUCCUUAUGCAGCUUUAAGGUUUGACUAUUUCACGUGUGUGAAUAUGGUUUGGUUGUGAGAGUAAAAGAAAUUAAGAGCUACUAUGGAACUUGGUUGUUGUAAGUUGCUAAGAUAUUUGUGUGAGUAUUAAGUUUAUUAGUGUGAAGUUUUUUUUGUUUUAAAUAUGCAAACAAUAAAGUCAUUACAAUCACUUUAA